UAUGAUGAGAAGGAUGUAAACAUAUGCUUCUUUUUCCCGCCAUAUGAUCCGCGCCGGAGAUUAGGGUUUCAGACAGAGAACUCAGAUAAUUUGAAUUCCUUCUUUAUUCAUUUCACUUAUCAAAACCAAAACACGCAAAAACUACAGGGCUUCAUUUGCUCAGGCUAAAAAGGUUCUGUCAACUCUCUCUGGUUUGUCUAACGAUCAGGAUGGCCAGUGCUAGGGAAGAUUUCUCUCAAUUUGAUAUUUCAAAAGAGGAAACGGACAAACUUGUUGCAGAAGUAAUCCGCUAUGUCCUUUUCAAAACCCACCAAAAUUCUGGGUGCCCAAUUAAGAGGGAUGAGCUUACUCAACUCGUUACUAAAAACUAUCGUCAGCGUGCUCUUCCUGCUGUUGUGAUUAAUGAGGCUAAAGAAAGGCUCUCAAGCAUUUUUGGCUAUGAGAUGAGGGAGCUUCAAAGAUCUCGUCCUUCAUCAACAAACCAAGGGCGCUCUUCCCAGCAAAGUGUUGCAGAUGCAAAAUCCUAUAUCCUUAUAAGUCAGUUACCCGCUGAUGUGUAUAGCAAAUAUGUUGAAGAUGUAAAUACAACACAUCUUACUGGUUUCACUUUCGUCAUACUUGGUGUUGUACAUCUAGCAGGAGGCAAAAUUCCAGAAGAGAGUCUUUGGCAUCAUUUGAGACGGAUGGGAUUUUCUGAUUGUGAUGAAAUCCAUCCAGUUCUUGGAAACGUCAAACAGGCAUUGGAGGCACUUGUCCAGCAAAGAUAUUUGCAGAAGGACAAAGUUAAUGGACCUGAAGGUAGUACUUUAUUCUACGAACUUGCUGAGAGAGCUUUAGAUGCACCAGUUAAUGACAGGAUUAAAGAAUACAUAUCACAGAUUGUGAAGAAAGAUGCUGCCACUGGGGAUGUUGACUAGUGUCUGACUCUCUUAGCUAACCCAAUUGAGACGCGAGUUCGCGGUUUUGAUGAGUUGACUAUAAAAUAGAAAUAUAGUGGAGUAUGGAGUACCUGCUCAAUGUAUAUUUUGCGUAGGAGAUUAGGGUUAACAGCUGGCAUGAGUAAUCUCGCUUGGCCAAUUCCUGUGAUGGAGGUUGGCCACAAUGCGUGUUGCUUGCCCAUAGUUUUUUGCAAUUUGCUCUAGGUCAUUAGUUGAACCUAGAAAGUGAUAUGCUUGCUACUGUACCCAGAUAAUUCCUCCAAAAAUCUGAAUUUAGUUGGAGUAGCUAUUUAUUAUAAUUUUGUUCUUAAGGGAGAAUUUUAUGGAAACGUUUGAUGUAUUUAUCUAA